AUGUCCGACAAAGACUUUGGCAACAAUGACGACCUCUCUCUCCCCAAAGCCACAGUCCAGAAGAUCAUAUCCGAGAUCCUCGCACAAAUCCCGCACGAUGGCUCCCCAGCAACCGGCAAGGACGGGGAAAUGACGUUCACGCGGCCCGCGCGCGACAUGCUCAUCUCCUGCUCGCUGGAGUUCCUGCGCAUGUUGUCUUCCGAGUCGAACGAAAUCUCCGAGCGCGAGAGCAAGAAGACCAUCAGCGUGGAGCACGUGGAACAGGCCCUCACGGACCUAGGAUUCGGGUCAUACAUCGAGCACUGCCGAGGCGUGGUCGGUGAAUGGCAGGAAGUUCAGAAGAAGCGGAUCGGUCGCGGCGAGAAGAUGCGCAACUUUGGCGGGUUCGACAAGAUGGGAGAGGACGAGUUGCGGAAGAUGCAGGAGGCGCUGCUGGGAGAGGCGAGGGGCAGAAUGGAGGGCGGUGGUGCUGGCGGGCAGGAAGCGCAGUAG